CCAAAAGUCACAGCAGCAUUGUGACAGUUUUCUUUUCAAAAAAUACAACAAAGAUGCGAUUGCUACACCGUCAAAAUCAUCCCAUUAUGUCCGGCUGGACGGCGUCUUCGACGAUCGCCAAUAUUCGCUUUGCACUCUUUCUCUGCCUAGCCGUCGCCUUGCUGCCCAGCCCUGGCGCGGCGCGCAUGGCAUUCGAAAAGCUUACAGACUAUGAUUUCGCCGGCACCACAUACUACAGCGUCAAGAAUCUGUCGCUGUACGAGUGUCAGGGCUGGUGUCGCGAGGAGGCCGAUUGUCAGGCGGCUGCUUUCAGUUUUGUCGUCAAUCCUUUAUCACCAUCACAGGAGACACACUGUCAGCUGCAGAACGAUUCGUCGGCACACAAUCCAUCUGCGGCGCCGCAACGCUCCGCCAAUAUGUACUACAUGGUGAAAUUACAAUUGCGCAGCGAGAAUGUCUGUCAUCGGCCGUGGGCGUUCGAACGUGUACCAAACAAGAUUAUACGCGGUUUAGAUAAUGCGCUCAUUUAUACUAGCACAAAGGAGGCCUGCUUAUCGGCGUGUCUGAAUGAGAAACGUUUCGUGUGUCGUUCGGUCGAAUAUGAUUACAAUAAUAUGAAAUGUGUGUUGAGCGAUUCUGAUCGACGCAGCUCCGGACAAUUUGUGCAGCUGGUCGAUGCACAAGGCACCGAUUACUUUGAGAAUUUGUGUUUGAAACCAGCGCAAGCGUGUAAGAAUAAUCGUUCAUUUGCCGUCGCGCGUGUGGGUGUGUCCGAAGAGAAGGUGGCUCAAUAUGUUGGUUUGCAUUACUACACCGACAAAGAAUUGCAAGUGACUUCGGAGUCGGCAUGUCGUUUGGCUUGCGAAAUCGAAACGGAAUUCUUGUGUCGCUCUUUCUUGUAUCUUGGUCAGCCACAGGGUUCACAAUACAACUGCCGUUUGUUCCACUUAGAUCACAAGACACUGCCUGAUGGUCCCUCAACUUAUUUAAAUCACGAGCGCCCACUGAUCGACCAUGGCGAACCAAUUGGACAGUACUUUGAGAAUGCAUGCGAAAAGAUGACCUCGCCACCGGGCGCUUUGGAUAAAUUGGACACACUGCCUGUAAGCCUGGAUACCACCGAAGAUCCCAACUUGACUAAUAUUACAAGGAAUGACGUGAAUUGCGACAAGACUGGCACCUGCUAUGAUGUUUCCGUUCACUGCAAAGACACCCGCAUCGCCGUUCAGGUGCGCACCAACAAACCAUUCAAUGGCCGCAUCUAUGCCUUGGGACGUUCCGAGACAUGCAACAUUGAUGUCAUCAACUCGGAUGCAUUCCGAUUGGAUCUAACCAUGGCUGGACAAGAUUGUAAUACGCAAAGUGUAACUGGCGUCUAUUCGAAUACAGUCGUUCUCCAGCAUCACAGCGUUGUUAUGACCAAAGCCGAUAAAAUUUACAAAGUUAAGUGCACAUACGAUAUGAGCUCGAAGAACAUCACAUUCGGCAUGAUGCCAAUACGUGAUCCCGAAAUGAUACACAUCAACUCAUCGCCUGAAGCUCCACCACCAAGAAUUCGCAUACUCGAUACGCGCCAACGUGAAGUGGAGACUGUACGCAUCGGUGAUCGUCUCAACUUCCGCAUCGAAAUACCAGAAGACACUCCCUAUGGUAUCUUUGCACGUUCCUGCGUCGCCAUGGCUAAGGAUGCGCGCACCAGCUUCAAGAUCAUCGAUGACGAUGGCUGUCCCACCGAUCCGACAAUCUUCCCCGGCUUCACCGCUGACGGCAAUGCACUGCAAUCGACCUAUGAGGCUUUCCGUUUCACCGAGAGUUACGGUGUCAUCUUCCAGUGCAAUGUCAAAUACUGUCUGGGACCAUGCGAGCCAGCUGUGUGCGAAUGGAAUAUGGAGUCAUUUGAAUCGCUGGGCAGGAGACGUCGUCGUAGCGCUGUGGAGAGCAAUGAAACUAAGGAAGCCGAUGAUGAUAUGAACAUUUCGCAAGAGAUUCUAGUCUUGGACUUUGGCGAUGAGAAACGUGAAUUCUUCAAGGCUGAUCCGAGCGCAGACUUUGCCAAAGAUAAGACUGUGACCAUCAUUGAGCCCUGCCCCACGAAGACCUCCGUGUUGGCGCUGGCCGUCACUUGUGCGCUUAUGAUUUUACUCUAUAUUUCGACGUUGUUCUGUUAUUAUAUGAAAAAAUGGAUGCAACCUCAUAAAAUUGUAGCAUAAAAAUAAGUAUCACACAUACAUACACACUCACACACAUUCUUAUACUAAAUCCAUACACGUUAAAAAUCUAAAGUAAACAAGAAAAAUCGCAUGGAACAAA